AUGUGGAGCAAUUCUAAAAGUGACAACUUAGAUUGGAGGUUUCAUCGUUCCUAUACGCAAACUAUUAAUACUGGGCGUAGUGCUGAUCAUACUACAGGACUAGGUUUGUUCUUUUGCAUUGCCUCUAUUAGUCGCGUAUAAGCGAGAAAACAUGUACAAAUUAAACAAAAUACGGUCUCUGGCCUCGACGGAUGAUACCCUCUUUGAUCUGCUUAAAUCUUCAGAUCAUACUCAGCCUCAUUCAAUAAUUGGUAAAUAAACUUCCCAAGGGAGAUAACACAUUUAAAUAUUUGAAUGAAUUUGGUUUACAAUAUUAUUGGAUCCAAUUAAACGAGACCUUAUGAUUGAGAUAUAUGAACAUGCAGUUGAACUAGAUCAUUAGAGUGAUUCUACUUAAGCCGUGAACUAGGUAGUAGAAUGCCACGUACUAUUAUGCACUAAUCCUAUUGUCUUCUUUUGUUUAUUUGUAGUUAUUUUGCUUUACUUGUUGUUAUUAACUGUGUCACGGGUCAAGUAAAAUCGCUUUAUAAGAUUUGUGAAUCUGCUCACCCUCUCCUCCCCUUAUCCAAAAUAUUUGCUGCCUAAAUAAUGGCCGUUAACGUUAGUUUAGGGAAGGGGUCGGUGGGAAGUUUCUCAGUUGUAAAAUUAUACCGAUCCAAACAGGAUAUUACCUUUACGUGGAGUCUUCAGAAGCAAGACCCGGCAACAGAGCUGAGUUAGUGAGUCCCUGGCUUUCGGGGCUGCCUGGCGGACAGUGCUUUAAGUUUUACUACAUGAUGUAUGGCAAUUGA